UAAAUGGAAGAUUGUUUAUUUGAGAUUAAGGGAGCAGGGUAAAUAACUAUCUAAAUAUAAGUACUUAACAAACAAUUCAAAAGCAAAUGGGAAAUGAUGCAUAGAGUGAUGAUCAAAAUAUAGUGAUUAAUGAUAAUGAUGAGUUGAUGCCUUUGUUCAAAGUGAAUGUGGACGAGGUUUAGAGAAUUUUAGAGACAAUCAAGUCAAAUAUUGCCAAAAUAGAAGAACUGAAAAAGAGCUAUACAAGUGCAACUAGAUCAGAGGCUGAGAAAGGUUGGUAUAAGUGAAUUAAAAUAUAUUAAAGAUGUAAGCUCCAAGUUGGAUAGGUUAAUCUCAUAAAAUAAUCAAUAAUAAGAAAGAUUGAAGAAAUUAAUGGAAUAAAUAGCUUAGGAUGUGGAAGAAGCGAAGGAGAAGGAUCCUGAUGAGCCUGAAACAAGAAUGAAGAUGGACAUUUGGGCUGCAGUAAACUUGAAAGUGCAGGCUGUAUUGCAAGAGAGUCAAAAGGCUCAAUUAGAUUUCCAAAAUAGUAUGAGGAACAAAAUAAAGAGACAAGCAGGCUGUUUAGAUUCAAAUCUAAAUGAGAAUCAAAUUGAUGAAUUGUGUGAUGAUCCAAAUGUAUGAUUUAUUUGAUGUAGAAAAUGCAAGAACUGCUACAAAAGAAAAUCUAUGGGUAAGCCUCGAUUCAAUUAUAAAACGCUGUUCAAGAUAUUCAAGAGAAAUAUCAAGACAUUGUUAAGCUAGAGAGAGUAUACUUAAAUAUAAACUAUUAAAGAGCGUGCAAUAGGUGUACCAACUUUUCUUAGAUUUGGCAGUGUUGGUCAAAAACCAAGGAGAAUUGAUUGAUAAUAUAGAAUAAAACAUGGUGAAAGCAAGAGAUUACGUUAAAAAAGGAGAGGCUCAAUUGAUUAAGGCCAAGAAGGAUCACUAAGCUGCUAGAAAAGUAAAUAGUAAUGAAUAUCAAUUAUAGAAAAUGUGCUGUAUCAUUAUGAUUGGACUGGUUUUAAUUUUGGUUAUUGUUGGUCCUAUUUUAGGAACUUCCUUAUGAAUUGAAAAUUUAUCUAUAUAUAUCUAUAAAGAUUUAUA